GAUUUUUUACAUGACUAAUAGAACGUGAAUUUUUUGCGAAAAGCAGAACUUUUCGUUACCUGUAGGUAAUUAGAAGUCAUUUCUUAUCAGUGCACCUGGCUCAGCCCGAACACAAAUAAAGGAUAAUAUAAUGUUACGGGCCAAAAUUUUCUCAACCGUGCUUAAUCCUUACUUAACCAUGAGUAAUGUUAACAGACAUUCUCUACAGGAAUUGGACGCUGAUUUUAACAAAGUCAAAUCAGAAAAACCCACCGUUCAACGCUACCUUCGGUCUCAGCAAACUACACAAUCAAAAUUUGCCCAAAACGAUGACGAAGAUAUUUAUCACGACGCUUUAGAAGCAGAAGCUAUCGAUUCUACUUCUACUCCAGCAUUCGGUCAGGCAGUUGAUAUUUUAUCUCAACUUCCGAAACACUUUUACAAAAAAAUCGUGGCUAAAGAAUGGCAAGAACGAAAGGAAACAUUGAAUGCAUUGGAACAACUUUUAACAAAUGCCCAUAAGCUAGCAAGUGGCAAUUAUGAAAAUCUAAUCAACGCUUUAAAGAAAUGUAGUGUAGAAGACAUGAACUAUAAAGUAAUUUCAACUGCAGCCAAUUGUUUAGUAAUGUUGAUUGACAAAUUAAUGGAUUCUCCAGGGUUCAACGAAAAGACAUGCGUGUUGGCUGAACCAACGAAAGAUACUAAAAUGGAAAAGGGUAUCAAAAGCAGUAGAAAAUACUCCACUUGUGAGUUAUCAGAAAAAAAUCCUUCCAUUGUCUUAACGGCUGAAGGUAAUAGUAAAAGGACUUGCAAUGACCCGAUUUGUUAUAUUGAAAAACUACAAUUGAGGAUUGCAAUGUCAGAGAUCGCUAUUGAUUCUUCCAAUGAUACUGAAACAAAAUUGAAGAAAAUGACUGAAAAGCACGAAGACGUUGUGAUGACUUUAACCAUUCGACACCAUUUUGAAAAGAUGGAAUUGCGGUAUUGGUUGCGAAUUGGCAGAACCGUAGAAACUUUUGACGAUCCGACCAUUUCAGCAAGAAGUCGAUGGGUGGACAUUUUGACAUCGUUGGAAGAAGCUAAACAAUGGAUAGAUAAAUAUAAGAAGGUUUUACAAAAAGGAUGUGUAAAACCGUUAUGCACUUCUGAUCCUAGAAUCAUUCAGAAUUUAGCAGAUGUUAUAAUGAUUCUGUAUGAGAAUUUGUCCCAUUUCAUCCAUAUAUUUAAAGAUAACGCAGUGACGUUUGAUAGGUGCAGAUAUAUGACGGAAUCGCCUUUGCAUAUAUUCGUUACUGAAGAAAUUUUCAAGAUAAAUAUAAAGGAUGUUCGCGAAAAACGUGGAAAAAUAAAUGUCCACUAUGGAAAAGAUUAUCUUCAAUUACGUGAAGUGAUAUUUGAGGUGAAUCGGUACUGAUAUGAUAGUUUAAUUUAUUUUAGUCAAUUUUAAAGCUGUCGUAGCUUUUAUUCCUAUGUUAUUUUCAACAUAAUACAGUCCUAUGUUUUUA